CCCCGUAGCUGUUUUUUUCUGCUCACAUCUCUUCCCGCCGUCCCCACAAACUGAACGCCUGGAUCAGGCUCUUUUUGACUAAAGAGCUACCCCCUUCGUCUACCUUCCAUUAAAGAAUGGUAACCAAUUCACAUAUCUACUUACCAAAAAAAAGGCCAUAACAGGCAGUCUCUUGUCAUUGGUUUAAAAAGGAAAGUGCUAAUUAAAUACUUCUGUUAAUUUAUAGAUUUUCCUACCAUUUCGUUUGCUUCAACUCGCGAAUUUCCUACCCUUUGAUAUACCUGAAGCCUGAAAAAGUACCCCUUUCGGGCGGAGCCUCCCUUAUAAACGUUAUAGGGAGCCACCCCCCUCCCCGUAUUGGUGUUUUCAGGACAAUAAGCGAUAACAAACUAAAUUUUAUUCUCUGUUUAAUUUACUUGCAUUCAGGCAUACCAGUCCUGGGUGAGGGCCAAUGGAAGGGAGAAUCCAUUACCUGACCUUUCUAUGAACGUGGAUCAACUUUUCUUUAUCGGAUUUGCAACGGUAUGUUUUGGACAAUUUGACUGUUCUCCUAGACAUAAUAAUUCAGUUUAAUUUUCCAUUAUCUAGAUUUUCAGUUCGGUGUCAAAUAUAACGCUCGUAACCGAGUACGCGUGACAUGAUCUUUAAAACAUGAGCGGAAGGUUGGAGCUCUAAUGUGUUCGUAUUUUCAAUGCUGCUAAUCAAGUCUGAUAUCGGAAAAACAUUUCAACACACUUUUACAUAGUAUUUCUCAUUGCAAAUUUUCUGACCCUCUCGCUCCACUACAAACUCGGCUUCAAAAGCCAAUGCGCAAGGAACGCACCGUUCUCAAAAAGCGUAACAGUUGUAUAAAAAACUACGAGUAAUAAGCGAGUUAAAAACAAAUAAAUAACUUAAUUCGUUUACCUUUGUUUCAUGUUCAACGCAUGAUUUGCAUCCGUUGUGGCCGAUAAUGUUAACUAGUGAAGCGUUUCACGAUGCGUUGUUCCGUGUAAAUUGCUUUAGUUUUCCAAUGUUACCGUCUUGAAGGAACGAAUCUAUUUGAUAUCCAAAGAACACCUUAAAUAUUGAUAGAAAAUGUGCAAAUGGCGAAUUUUCUUUUCUGCCUAAAAUACAAAUGGCGUUGGUGGCGAGCACCGUAGCGCGAAUCCAAUUUUCCCGCGCUGGAGCCUGCGGGUAGCAUCACUGACGUCAUGGUGACGUCAGAAUUGUAACCACUCUUCAAGCUGCUAAAAAAGUGAACCAUGUUGUGGAAUUUUGUUUCAUGGUCUUUUAUGUACCAGGCCAAAUCAUAGGCUUUGUGACUAGCUUUUCAGUAUAGCCUGAACAAAAAUGACUAUAAGAAAGGUCCCUUUCAUGACUCUUUUUCCUCAUUAUUUCAGACACAGUGUGCUGUUUACAACAAGAAGGCGGCUCUCUACCAAAGGAAAACAGACACACAUUCGUAUUCUAAAUACAGGUUUUAAAAUAUUCUUCUUAAUUCCAGAAACACGAUCAUUAAUUUCAGACGUUGUCGCUCUUUUUCGAAUACGCCCCUGGUUCCCGCCUGGUUCCUGUAUAAAAGCAACAUCAUGAUUGUAUGUUGUACUGAAUUAAAUCAAUAGCUGAUGAAAUCAAAUAGUCCCGCUGACACGCUGAUACACCAAGGAAAUGUUUGGCGGCCGUGCACCCUACCGUGUUACACUAACUGUUGUCCAUAUAUGUUUCAGGGCAGAAAAACGCAAUUUUGGACCUAGCUUAGUUUCAAAAGCUGCACUCGUUGAGUACUCUCUGCUACAUUUUACUCGAUUAUGCAAUUUCUGUAUAUGGGCUUGUCAGUGGUAACUUAAGGACUGUUUAAAUAUUGAGCCAGCCCGGUUAGCCGGGCCAUAUCGGCUCUUAGGGACUGUGCAAUAAUUACCUGGAGGGGGGAUUGGGAAAUGGGUGAAAUAUGUCCCAAAACUAAGUCAUACCCCCCCUCUCAUUAAGCAAAAAUUAAUUUCAACCCCCUCACAUAACGAUAAUAUUAAGGCUAACCCCCCCCCCCCUUGAAAAAAGUCUCCUCCCAUUGAUUCCCUCAUACCUAGUUUACUAUUCAGGAAUUCCCGUCUGAUUGAGCUCUUUUUUUUAAGCUUAAUUUAAUCAUACUGUGUUUUAUUUACCGUACUUUAAAUUUGUAUUGCUGUUAAAAUCAGUAGACCUGCACCGUUCUAAACCUCUUAUUUCACUGGUCCCCUUUAAUCUACACCUCCAUUGUUUUCAGGGAUAGGGGGAUUGUUAUGUGACAGUCCCUAUUGUUUUCCCGGCUAAUCAAUAACAAUCUUUCAAAUAGGUGCGGGAUCGCUCAUUAAAAUUUCAACAGUUGGGUUUUCAUUCUGCUAAAUUAUGAUGCCAGGUGUGCUAACAUUGGCAUCUUUCUUUUUCAUUGAAUAACACGAUAGUGCUACUUUUGCAACUUUUUAUUAAAGUUUACUGUUUCAUUUAAUCCUAGUGCAAAUAAAGUAGCACUGUUUUAAGAUAU